UCCUCACGUUUUUGUUUCAGCUGAAUGAGCUUAUGGAAAAAAAUAUUAAAAUGUGAACUUUGCUGCCUAGUCCCACCUCCAUGCUAAUCGCACCACACUUAUUAAGAAAAGAGGAAGAGGAAAACCAAGACAGAGCUAGUUUCUGUGAGAGACUCCUCUCCUCACGGGGCUUCAUCUAGGAGAUCGAGCUACAGAAAGUACUGAAUGAGAAUGCGUUGGAAGACAUCCCCUUCCUUAACCUGCAUGCUCUUCUUCAUGCUUUUGCUGAAUGGCAUGUCCCUCAUUCCAAAUGGCAGGCACAAGCUGCUGUAUGAAAAGGGACACAAAGAAUACAAGUGUGUGGGAUGUGUACUUUUGGUAUCCAUAAUAGAACAGCUUGCUCAGAUCCACAAUUCAACAGCAAAAGAAGCUCUGGAGAGACUCUGUAGCUACUUACCUGAAAAGUUGCACUUACAAGGCACGUGCUUUCUGGUGGCUGAAAUAUUUGGACCAAAUAUAAUUAAACUGAUAGAGAGCAAAAUGAAUGCUGAUGUGGUGUGCCAUUCCAUUCGCUUUUGUACACAGAAGGCAGGUCAACCAUUUUGUCAUCUAUACCCACCUCCUAAGGUGGGCUUAGAUGUGGCUAUAAAGCAAUCCGAAAGAAUGGUUUCAAAUCAGAUCAAGAAGAAUGUUCAUAGGUUAUCAGGCAUAUGCUCACUUCCUUUCAUGAAGCACCUGUGUGAGAACAUUCAAUCUUUUAUCCAUAGUAAGUUACCUUACGAAGACUUUGAUGGAGAUAAAUUUAGUACUUUCCCAACCUUGAGAGGAUAUCACUGGAGAGGGAGAGACUGUGAUGACAGGCAGGCCUCUGUGCAUCCAGGGAGACGCCCUGAUAACUGGGAUGCAGAGAAGGACUCUAACUGUAAUGGAAUAUGGGGUGUUAAUCCAAAAGAUGGCAUCCCCUACGAGCAGAAAUUUUGCAACGGCACAGAGUCCAAAGGAGUCAUUAUCUUGGGAGAUUCAGCUGAGGCCCAUUUUCACAUCCCUCCUGAAUGGGUGACAGCAUCACAAAUGUCAAAGAAAGCAUUUUCCAACCUUCUUGAGGUUUUUUCCGAUGAGCUUGACUGGCCUCAAUUUUCAGGAGCAACUGGAUUUCUUCACUCCACAAUUGGCGGCUGGACAGAAUCAUUCUACCUACAUUUGCGAAGAAGAAACCGCUGCAACCAUAGAGAUUACCAGAACAUUUCUAAAAAUGGUGGCUCUUCAAGAAACAUCCUAGAUCUUGUAAAAAGCUUGGCAAGGAGUCAACAGUUUGACAAGCCUGCAAUAGUUACUUUUGCAAUGAUUGGAAAUGCCGUCUGUAAUGGACAUUCUGACACAGUAAAACACAUGACACGACCUGAGCAAAUGCGCUCCAAUGUUGUGCAGACUCUGCAUUAUCUAAACAGCCUCCUUCCAAAAGGGAGCCAUGUGAUUUUAACUGGCUUGGUAGAUGGUCGCUUCCUAUGGGAUAACUUGCAUGAUAGAUACCAUCCUCUUGGGCAGUUAAACAAAGAUGUCACCUAUGGACAAUUUUAUUCAUUUCUUAGCUGUCUUCAGACUACUCCAUGCACUGGCUGGAUGUCUACAAAUGCCACACUUAGGAACGCGACUUCAGAGAGAGCCUUACAGCUUUCCAACGUCCUGAAACAAUUAGCAAAAUCUGAAAAAUAUGCUAAUUUUGAUGUUUUCUACAUGGAUUUCCCACUGAAAGAAAUUGCUAAAAUGUGGCACCAGCUUGGAGGAGAGGCCUGGCAACUAGUAGAACCUGUUGAUGGAUUUCAUCCUAAUCAGAUUGCUUCUGCCCUUGGAGCAAGAAUAAUCUGGGAGAAGAUACUUCGUGAAUGGCCUCACGUUCUUGGAAAAGAAAAUCCAUUCAAUGAUGAGAUUGCAGCAGUUUUCAAAGAUCAAGGAGGGCAUUGAUCUCAGCAGUCUAAACACAGUGGGGAUUAACCUUUCAGAAUGCACAGCACUGUUCUCAACAAAACAAGCUAGCCUUUGUUUAACUGGUGUUAGAACAAAAAAAGCUGAUGGAUGCAAAGAUGAUACAACAAUCUUCUUUACUAUGUGGCAUCUGAAUGGAAACUUAAACACAGCCAAUCCAUCAGUUGUAAAAUUUGGCUUAUGUAUUGAUGGGGAGUCAUAAAAUAGACCUCAUUGGUUUAUUAUUAAGCAAGGAUUUAUGCCCUCACUGUUUGUCUCAUUAAUUUACAAAGCCUCUUCAGUUUGUGCCUUUUCAAUUUGUUUCCAAUACACAUUCAAUUUAACUGGAAUUCUCUAUUGAUAGUAUAUUUUAUGUAGUUUCAAUUUUUCUGCUAGAUACUGAAAUUCUCUUGAAGUCCUCCAUUUGAAUAAAGCAUCUGGAUGUUACCAAAAUUAGUAUUUACCCUCCCACUAUUUCUUCCUAGGUCAUCUCUCAUAGAACUAUUUCGUAAAGAACCUAAAUGCAAACCUAUGCUCACAAACCUUUUGUGGCUACAUUUGCUCUAAUGCUUAUUGCCGAUUCAGUUAUUGCUGAACCAUUGUCAAAGUUCAAGUAAUCUUUUCAGAAGACUCAAGAGUGUUCUUUUUCUAUCCAUUUGAGAAAACCUCUGAAUUUAUAAUUGCUUUUGGUUUAGCUUUAUUUGAAUUUGUUUACUGAACUGCUUCUUUCUAUAAACUCCCCUACAAUUGUUCCUUUGCUUUCUGUUUGUUUUACCAGCUUUCCAUAUUCUCAGUGAAUGUUUUCCAUAUUCCCUCGUUUUAAUUUAAAAGAUC